CCCCCGUCUCCUCCUCCUCCCGUCUCCCCUCAGCAGCAGCUCAGAGUCGCUCUGCUGAAGCAGAGCUGCGUCCGAGCGGAGACGCGCGGCGCGGACCUCAAACCGAGGAGAGCGAAGAAGCUGCGAGGACUCGUCCGAGAGUUUAUUUAAAGGAAGCUGCUUCAGGAGUCGGAGCCUCAGACGUGAGGACGCGUCCUCCUGUCGGACACAGAGCCUCCGUCUGAUGCAGACUCCGGUCCACCGGGUUCUGCUCAGGACUGACCUCAACCACAGCGCGCUGGUUCUGUUCUGAAACGGAUCCGGUCCACCUUCCUCUAAACGUCUCACACAGUGAACCUCAACCACAGUCAACAGACGAGUGGAGGCAGAAGGUUCCUCAUCAGCAUCCUGGGUCCAAACCUGACGGAUCCACUCUGUUCUCCGUCCCCCCACACGUUCCGACCCGUGACUCAUGAACCAGAUCCAAGUCCCUGAAGUGACAACUUGAACACGAAUCGCAGCACAAAUAGGGUUUCUCUACUCAAUCUGGAGCCGUUGACGCAGAGCGUUCGUGGCCUUCAUUCCUUGAACUAAACGGAGCUCAGGGAUCCUGCGACACCUGAACGCGUCGAUCGUCCUCUUCAACACAUUCGUCCAAACAGGAAACACUGAGCGUCUUCCCAGCUGCAUUGUUUGUCCUGGAAAAGGUGAAAACCUGGGAUUAUCUGCAGAUUUACGGGCCGUAAUCUGAGUCCGGGCUCAGGAGACUGACAGCCUCACUUUGCUGGAGUCGUUAUCUCACAAUCUACUACUGAUGAAAACUCCAACAGGCCGCGGCUUUAAUCCACACGUGUCUGGAGCUUAGCAGCGCUGCUUCCACCCUGGAGCCACAGGAGGAGCGGGAAGAACAGGAGAAACGGGCCGAACCCGAAGGUCCGACUGAUGGAAGACAAGGGGUUAUAAUGAAGGCUGCGGUGACGAGGAUGAAACAGCUGUGAACUCAUGUUCCUCCUCUUCUGUCUGUCUCUCCUGCAGUGACGGAGCGACACGCUCGCUGACCUGGACACCAGAGCACUAAGUGGAUUGAAGAAGGCAGAGAGCAGGUGAGGGAGGACGGGAGGGAUUAUCAGCUAAUCCAGAGAGCGGAGCCUCGUCUUCCUCUCGACUCAGACAGAGCUUCUCUAAAAGCCUCAAGCUGCUCGUUUCCCUUCGCUGGAACUCUUUCACGGAGCCGUGGAGCCAGUGAACAGACGGCAGCACAUGGUCAAAGCUCUGCAGAGGGGGUCGGGUCAGUGGACCCCCCACAGGGCCUCUGGAGGAGGGACCGAAGCUGGACGACGGACGGAGACGACUCCUGAAGGUCCAGAAGCUCCAGGCAGAAGGACCUGGAUCAGUGGAGGAGGAUUAAAGGUUUGGCCAUGAACGCGUUUAGCAAAGCUAACGGCUAACGGCUAACCAUCACCAACGACAGGACGACCAUGAUAUCCCACAUUUCCAUUGGCGGCUGUUUGAGCUUUGACUCAAGCCCGGCCUCUGACCCUUUGUGACCGUGUGAUGAGCUGAGGACAGACAGGAAGCUCCGCGUCCACUGAAUCGCUGGCUCUGGGUCUGUGGAGAACGGAUUAUUCCGCAUUCUCUGUUUGCUGCUCUCACACAGCUUUAAUUGUCUGGUUCCGUCACGCUCACGCUGCGCCUUCGCCGACAUGCUGUGACUUUCCCUGCACCAUGAGUCUGGGGAAGCUGCCAGGCAUCAAAGGCCUGGUGUCCGGCUCCCAGGGGAAGCGGCGCUUCAGGAGCGAGCUCUCCGUGGACAUGAUCGGCCCCCCGCUGGGCGACUUCCGCCACACCAUGCACGUGGGCCGCGGCGGCGACGUGUUCGGCGACACCUCCUUCCUCAGCAGCUACGGCGGCUCCAGGGAGCCCGGCAGCCCCGACUCGGCCGCCAGCGCCAAAGCCGACGGCUUCUUCGCCCGCACCUUCCGUCAGGGCUGGAAGAGCGCGGCGCCGCGGCCUCGAGGCGGCUCCCGGGACCUGGCGUCGCCCCCGCCCGACGUCUCCCCCAUCAUCAAGAACGCCGUCUCCCUCCCACAGCUCAACAUGGACAUCGGCGGCCUGCUCGCCGGGUCCCUCAGCUCCACGGACGACUCGCUCUGCACGUACGGUUUGUCGUCCGGCUUCCUCACGCUGCCUCGACCUUCUCUCGCCUCGACAGGGCAGCUCCAUGAGGCCUCGCUCCCCGACGGCGGCGGCUUCCUCCGGUCGCGCUCUGACUCCCUCACCUCCUUUCACCGUGGACCUCGGCCCUCCCUCAUGACCGAAGUGCUCACCUUGAUUGACAGCUCCAGCUGCCUGCGGACGUUCCAGUCACCGCCAGGCAGCAGAUGAGGAGGUAGGAAGAGGAGGAGGAGCAGCAGGAGGAGGACAGCUCCCUGACUGACACCCCCGGUGCAGAGUCCGGGGGCGACGUCGCCCAGCGGCUCCUUCAGGAGGACGAGGCCGGAGGAGGGCGGGGGGGCAGCGAGGACCGGUCCGUCUGCAGACUCCCCUCUCAGAGCUGAACCUGUGAUGGAGGCAGAACGCUUCCAGAGGGCGGCCGACGUCCUGUCCAGACACUACGGAGGAGGAUCCUUCACAAAGGGAACCAGCAAUAACUUCACAAACGCUGCUGGUUCCCACAGUCGCAAAACGUCGCAGGCCUUUUCAGAGGAGGAGGAGGAGAUCAAGGUGUAGAAGCAGGAGGAGCGUGUGGAGGAUGGAGCGUGGGGUGAAUCCCUGCUCUCUGGACCAGUUUAAAGCAUUAAAGACUACGUGCACACGUUCAGAUGUUCAUAAGGUUUUAGUUCAGUCUCAGCAUCUUAAUGAAACACUGACGUCCGACUAAUAAGUCACUACAUAACCAUAAACCAAAUGUUUUUUACCUACGUGCAUGUUUAACGUGAGGUCGGAGGGUCACUGAUUUAUAACAGAUGUGAUCAACAUCAGCUCAUUGUAAACAGAUAAACUAAUGAUCCCAAUAAUUGAAUUAGAAAAAGUGAAAAACCUGUUCAUUUAGUUUUUGUUUUAUUUCUGCUCAUCUGUUUCACCUUUAACUUUACAGCGGGAGCUUUUUUACUGCUGUGCUUGUAAAUGCAUUCUAUAAGAGGAGGGUGUGGAAUUAGACAUAAGAGAUAAGAGAUAAGAGAAUUUGUAGCAAACAAACUGUUCGACACUAGACAUGAAGUCAGGAAGACACAUAUUAAAGGUAAGUGUAGAGAAAAGCUUUAAACUCAGUCUCAAACCUCAUGUUUCUGUGAUGUUAGGUGGAGAAUUACAACACAGCUCUGUAUCGAUACUGCACAUUUACAGCCCGUGGAGGGAGUUAGCGAUUAGCGGUAGAAGCUGCUUUCACUUUGUGUCUCUGAAGAACAUUUAUAUCCCCAGUUUACUUAAACUGACGAUUUGUUUUACAGGAACCUGACACCUCUAUUUCUAGCUUCUACAUUUAGCAAUAAAAGUAUUUCAACAGUG